CGGACAAUCUCAGUUGAUACACUCUUUCCCCCCUGUCUUGGUGCCGUACGAAUGGACUGGUCCGUUUCUGAGUCGACUUGCAAUGAGUGAGUGCACUUGACAGACCCUCUGCUCACUGCCUAAGCUCUCGCCUCUCUUGCCCGUACGAUUCCAACCCCAGCACACCACCACCAACCACGGUACACUCUCUACCUCUCUAUGUACAAAACACACGUGGCGUUCACAGCUGGGCGCGCACACCGACAGAAAACUGCACAGGAGAAGUGUUGAGCUCCAAACUCUACUGUACACAGAAACUCACGUGGAACAACAUGCAUCAGGCAUCAGGAGUGGCGUAACCACAGGAAAACUGCCACGAGAAACGGGCCCCCGUCCCUCUACACACCCGUUCAUACACUAGAUGCCCAUCCCCUCCACUAGUCCGCCGCUGACUGGCAUCAGAUGGGCAGAAAAAUGCCUUAGAGCACUCGGCUGCUUCACGAUCUUCAUCCCUCUGAUCUUGUGAGCCACCGUCUGUACGGCCGCCAUCACCUCCGCCACAUAGUCGACGUGGGACUGACACACACACACACACACACAAAUCCCGCGGCCCUCGCCGACUUGUCUGGACGUGCACACAUACCUGGGUGUACAUCCGCCUGGGGAACGCUAGCCUCACAAGCUCCAUGGGCGCCUGGCUCUCCACCGUGCCGUCUGGCUGCAGGCCGAACAUGACUGAGCCGAUCUCGACGCUGCGGAUCCCUCCGAUGAGGUAGAGGGCGCAUGAGAGAGCCCAUGCUGGAUACUCGCUGGACGGGAUGUGCGGCAGCCACGAGGCGGCAUCGAUGUAGAUCGCAUGACCACCUGCACACGCCACGCAAGAGAGGGGAAUACAUGGACGGCAUCCGCGCGUGUGUGCUACCUGUGGGCUCAACGAUGGGGAUGCCCAGCUUCCUGCAUUUGCGCCCAAGGUACUCGAUCGAGGCGAUACGGUAGUUGAGGUAGUCGCUGUUUAAGGCCUCCUUCAGACCAAUAGCGACGCACUCGAGAUCGUAACCUGACACACAUCAGGCAGCAGGGUGUUUCAGCGAUUGCGUGAUAGCAUAUUCGUUUCUGCUGACUGACCUGCGAGCCCCCCGUAGGUGACGAAACCUUCCGUGAGGAUCAGCUGGUUCCGACACGAUUCGGCCACAUCGGAGAGGGAGGCACUCAGCGCGAUGAACCCACCGAUGUUGCUCAGACCAUCCUAGGGACGCACAACACACCGGCGGACAGAAGAUGACUCCCCGGCUCUUGUGUCGAUGUCAGCAAGUGGCGGAGGGCAAAUGAUGUCGAUGUCGUGUGUGUACCUUUUUGGCACUCAUGGUGCAUCCGUCAACAUGUGCGAACAUCUCCUGGGCUAUCGACGUGGGAGAGCGGUCCGCAUACCUGUCAAAUGGUUGGGGCGGGAGAAAUGAGGAUUUCGCGGGUAGUCGCAAUCAUGAUCUCUCUUACCCUUUCUCUCUCUGUUUGAUGAACCAUGAGUUUUCCGCAAACCGACACGCAUCGAGGAUGAGGGGGACGCCGUGUUCGACACACACCUGACGCAAAGCACAACCAAGGGCACGAUUGUUAUUUCCAUUUGUGCAGACGAGGGAGACAAUCCCUCCGUAUGUACCUGUUUGACUUGUUUGAUGUUGGUCAUGCUCACGGGCUGGCCACCCCCAGAAUUGUUGGUGACGGUGAGCAUGACGAACGGCACCCGCUCUUUGCUGUCGCUGAGCAGUUUGCGCAAUUGCUCCAGGUCCAUGUCGCCCUUGAAUGGGUGGUGCACGCUGGGCACUCGGGCCUCCGGGAUGGGAAUGUCAAGCGCCGUCGCCCCGCGGGCCUCGAUGUUGGCCCUGCACACAAACAUCGAGAGAUACAGAUACGGUAAGGGCGUCUGGUACAGAGAGAUCUGCCUGAUCGGUUGACCUAGUUGUGUCGAAGUGCGUGUUGUUCGGCACAAUGUGCCCCGGCUUGACCAUGGCAUGGAACAGAAUCCGCUCGGCAGAUCGCCCUUGAUGCGUUGGCAGCACAUGUGACAGACCUGCACACCAGACACGACAGCACCGUUCGGCACCUGUCCAAAUGCACUCGUGUCUGUCCGCGUCUGUCCACCUGUGAUGUCUUUGACGGAUUGCUCGAAAUGAAACCAUGACCUCGCCCCAGCAUAGGAUUCAUCGCCCUUCAUCAUUGCGGCCCACUGCUGUGAUGAGAGCGCCCCUGUCCCUGAGUCGGUGAGAAGAUCGAUGAGCACAUCCUCGGCCCGCAGCAGGAACGGGUUGUAGUGCGCCUGACGGAGAUACUCUGCCCGCUGGUGGAAGGUCGUCUGCACCACUGGCUCCACCACCUUGAUGCUGAAGGGUUCGAUGACGGUCUUGAAGUGAAAGGGAAACUCCUCACGCUGCACGAAGAUGCACGAGCGACGGAUAGAAGGAUGGACAGAUUCAUGUACCUGAGGCAGAGGACUUCCAAGAUCCAGAGUCUGUGAGUCGACGCGCGGGAGAGAGGAUGCGCUGAUGGUCUGACCCAACACACAUACGCAUGGCGUGUACGCGAAGGACUCAGCGUCGCUUCCUCCUCUUACGCGAUGUCCGAAUGGGAACUCGCUCGACGCGUCGCCACAGGACUCCAUUGGCCGAUUGGGGAAGGCAGUUAAAU